CCCCCCUGACCAAAGAGCUUACCUCAGUGGUGAAGUCAGCCUGUGUUCAGUUGAGCUUUGGUCAUGUCUGGAGCGUUGGGUGUCCGACUACUGCUGCUGUGGGGCAGCGCUUGCCUUUGGCUGGCCAGCCCAGCCCAGGGGGAUCUUCUCAUCCCAGGACAGGAUGGACCUUUCAGGGAGACAGGAGGCCCUGCCAGGACACAGCAGAAAAGAAGUACAACAGAUGUCACGGUGAGAAAUGUGGAGGUGUAUAGCGUGACGGUGGACUGCACGGUGGCGUCGCGUUUCUCUCACACCGUCAUGACCUCCAAGGCUUUGAACAAAGCCAACAUCUCACAGGAAAUCUUCUUCGAGGUAGAUCUCCCAAAGACGGCCUUCAUCACCAACUUUAGCAUGGAAAUCAACGGGCAGGUUUAUGUCGGAGAGGUGAAGGAGAAGGAGAAAGCCAAGAAACAGUAUGAGAAGGCGGUUUCUUCUGGACAGACUGCUGGACUGGUCAAGGUUUCCGGGAGGAAAAUGGAGAAGUUUUCCGUGUCUGUCAACAUUGCAGCUCAAAGCAAUGUCACUUUUGUUUUGACCUAUGAGGAGCUUCUUCAGAGGAAACAGGGCCAGUAUGAGAUUCUGACCCGAGUGAAACCCAAACAGCUGGUCCAGGAGUUUCAGAUCGUGGCAAACAUCUACGAGCCUCAAGGCAUUAACUUCGUUGAUGCCCAUGCAACGUUCCUCUCCAAUGAUCUGCUCCCCCUGGUGGAGAAAACUGUCACAGAAAAGAAGGCACACAUUUCCUUCUCACCAACCGUGGAGCAGCAGAGGACAUGUCCAAGUUGUGAUGGAAGUCUGAUCGAUGGGGAUUUUCUCAUCAAGUACGAUGUAAACCAUGCAACCAGCCUCGGGGAAAUCCAGGUUGUCAAUGGAUACUUUGUGCACUUCUUUGCCCCACCCGACCUGCCCAGGGUGCCAACAAAUGUAGUAUUUGUCAUUGAUAGAAGCGGCUCAAUGUACGGAACUAAAAUUCAGCAGACACGAGAGGCAAUGAUGAAGAUCCUUCAAGAUCUCAAGGAGGAUGACUACUUUUCCCUCAUCCUAUUUGAUGACAGAAUAGAAUCCUGGAAGAAAUCACUAAUCAAAGCGACAAAGGAGAAUGUGGCUGAAGCCACAUCUUUCAUCGCAAAUUUGUCGCCGAGAGGAGGCACCAACAUAAACGACGCAGUGUUGCAAGCUGUGAAAACGUUACGGGCAGACAAGGCGGAGAACAGAGUCCCAGAGAGAAGCAUCGAUAUGAUCAUUUUACUCACUGAUGGGAUGCCGAAUGAGGGUGAAUCCAACCCCCAGAGGAUCCAGCAGAAUGUACGUUCUGCCAACAACGGAAGCAUGUCCUUGUUCUGUCUGGGAUUCGGAAAUGAUGUGGACUACUCCCUCUUGAAUGGGCUGAGUCAACAAAACAAGGGAUUGGCUCGGAGAAUUUUUACAGGCUCGGAUGCAGCUCUUCAACUCCAGGAUUUCUAUGAGGAAGUGGCCAGCCCACUACUUUCAGAAGUGCAUGUACGUUACCCGGACAAUGCGGUCGACUUCCUCACCACCAACCACUUCAGCCAGUUGUUUAACGGCUCAGAGAUUGUGGUGGCUGGUCAUGUGACAGACAAUAACCUGGAUAACUUCAUGGUGGAAGUUGUCGCCCAGGGGUGUGAAGAAAACUUCCAAGCGCAGGGCAAGGCCAGUGCUCUGGACUGGGGUACUAUUUACCCUGAUGAGAAGUACAUCUUUGGGGAUUUCACAGAGCGCCUGUGGGCGUACCUCACCAUCCAGCAGCUACUGGAGAAAAGCAAGACUGGCAGUGAGGAUGAGAAAACUAAUUCCACAGCCAAGGCCCUGGACAUGUCCCUGCGGUACAGUUUUGUCACCCCUCUCACCUCCAUGGUGGUCACCAAGCCUGAAGAUGAGGACAAAUCGAACAGCACCCUUAUCGCUGAUAAACUGACUGAAGAGGAAAGACAACAGGCAGAACGAAGUGGACAUUAUUCCACUUCAAUGACACCCGGCCAUAACUACCACAGUACACCGUCAUAUUUCGUGGAUGGAGAUCCUCAUUUCAUCAUCGAGCUCCCAGACAAAGAUGACUCUCUGUGCUUCAACAUCAAUGACAAACCAGGGACUAUUUUCAACCUGGUUAAUGACCGAAAGUCAGGUAUUUUGGUGAAUGGCCAAAUCAUUGGAGACAAACAAAUUCCUCCCGAUGGCAAAAUCAACACCUACUUUUGGCGUUUUGGCAUCAUUCAGCAAAGGUUAGGAGUGAGACUGGAGGUGAGCACUAAAAGCAUCUUCGUGCUUGAAGACGGCAUGCGGGUCAAGUUGCAGUGGUCUAACACAACAACCCUCAAAAGAGACAACAUGGAUCUUCUCUUGACCAAGGACCGCAGCCUUACAGUUACUCUUAAAGAUUCUGUCAAGUUUGUGGUCCUGCUACACAAGGUGUGGAAGAACCACCCGUACCACCAGGACUAUUUGGGUUUCUACACGCUGGACACCCACCUGCUGUCCCCGUCUGUACACGGUUUGCUAGGUCAGUUUUACCAUGGGAUUAAAUUUGAGGUCACAAACCUGCACCCAGGAGAAACCUCAGACAAACCAGAUGCCACCAUGUACGUCAAAGGAAAGGAGCUUAAUGUGACCAGAGGCUGGCAAAGAGACUUCAGGAGAGAUGUGAAGAACGGAGAAAAUGUUCCCUGUUGGUUCAUUCAUAAUAACGGUACAGGUCUCAUUGAUGGAGAAGCUUCAGACUACAUUGUGUCUGGCCUCUUUAACAAUUUUUAGAAAUGGCAGUUUCGACUAAGAAAAGAUGAACUGUCACUCUAUUUCCCCAUGAAUGCCAAAAUUCAAAUUAAUACACACACGGAUGGCUGUGUUAAUCUUCAUCAGUGUGUCUUCAUUGUUAGUUUAUCACAUUAUUCUCAGCAUUACACAGAUUAUUGUACCCUUUUUGGAUUUAACCAGUCAAGUAUUCCACAAUAAAUUGAGAUCCUUCAUGUUUAAACUG